AUCGUUUAUUAAACUAAAAAUGAGGCUUAUAAACUUGCUGAAAACCCUAAAGAUCACGACUAUAGCUCCAAAAAGAUUGUACUCUCAAGAGUUCAUCCCUAAAGCAUUGCGUAGUUUGAAAGGGAAGUCAACUAGGAACACUGUGCAGUUCUAUGUAGAUUCCUUCAGAGUUAGGACUGUGGGUGGGAAUGGGGGGAACGGGUGUAUAUCGUUCCUGAGUGCGUGGUGCAAGGAGCAUGCAGGGCCGGACGGGGGAGACGGGGGUCACGGGGGACAUGUCAUUUUUCAGGCUACCCAUACGGUGAAAAGUUUGAACCAUGUGAAGGCAGUCACACAAGCGCAGCACGGGGUACGAGGGGAUAACAAAGACAGACACGGGAAGAACGCUUCACAUAUUGUGGUGCCUGUGCCACUGGGGACUAUUGUCCGGGACCAAUCAGGAACUGUUGUGGGGGAUCUCAGCGCAGAGGGCACGCUGUUCGUGGCGGCACGGGGCGGCGCUGGCGGCCGCGGGAAUAGGUUCUUUCUCACAGACACUGCACAGGCGCCUGAUAUAGCGGAGCUCGGCGCUAUCGGAGAGACUAACGUUUACAUACUAGAAGUGCGCUCUAUGGCGCAUAUUGGGCUGCUCGGGUUCCCGAACGCGGGCAAAAGCACGCUGCUGCGCGCCCUGACCCGCGCGCGGCCCACCGUGGCGCCCUAUCCCUUCACCACGCUGCGACCGCACAUCGGAAUGGUCCCCUACGAUGAUUACGAGCAAGUGGCGAUAGCGGACCUGCCGGGUUUGAUUCCCGGCUCACACAAAAACUAUGGCUUGGGGAUCCAGUUUCUCCAGCACGCCGAGAGGUGUCGCGGCCUCAUUUACCUCUUGGAUGCCACAGACUCGCCUCUAGAACAGCUAGAACACCUCACACACGAACUGACGCACUAUAGCGCCGAGUUAGCGAACCGACGGAGUUGCGUGGUCCUGAACAAAAUAGACCUGCCGGCCGGGCGCGCGGUCUUCGAGACCAUCAGCAAAGAGCGAGAGGUGCUUGGCAUUUCUGCCAAGACAGGGCUUGGCCUGCAGCGGCUGCUAGCGGCCGUUAGAGACAUGUAUGACAGCGGAAGCACUGAGACAUAAC